GCAUUGGCUGAGGCUGCUGACUAUAUCUGUAGGAAAGGAAGGGCGACACAGGACAAUGAGUGCAGGUUGGGGGAGUCAGACAGAAGCAGCAGGGACAUGACAUCAGUGCUAGAAAGAGGGUUAAAGCCCCCCUGGUCCUGGCUGGGGGUGGAUAUCUAUCGGAUUUUUCACCUGGCUGCUGUGUUCUGCUUGACCUGCGUGCUGUUGAAAGUGAUUCAGCUGUAUCACAGGAGACAGGAAUUGAUCAAAGCUUUCAGCAGAUUCCCAGGUCAUCCGACCCACUGGCUAUACGGCCAUGUCCAUGAGCUUCUUCAUGAAGGUGAGGUUUUUAACAAACUAGAGCAAUGGAGCCAGAAGUACCCAUAUGCCUUCCCGUUCUGGUUUGGGACUUUCUCAGCAUUCUUAAACAUCACCCACCCUGAUUAUGCCAAGGUCUUAUUUGCCAGAGGAGAUCCCAAGGAUAACAUUAGUUAUAGGCAUAUAGUUCCAUGGAUUGGGAAAGGAUUAUUGGUCUUACAUGGGCCAAAGUGGUACCAGCAUCGUAAACUGCUGACUCCAGGGUUUCAUUAUGACGUUUUGAAACCUUAUGUGCCAUUGAUGGCAGAUUCUACCAAAGUGAUGCUGGAUAAGUGGGAACAGCUGAUCGCACAGGAGAAGUCGGUGGAGCUCUUUAGACAUGUCAGCUUGAUGACUCUCGACAGCAUCAUGAAAUGUGCCUUCAGUUACCAGAGCAACUGCCAGACGGACAGGGAGAAUUCCUACAUCCGAGCCGUCUUUGAUCUCAGCUACUUGGUGCACCACCGGCUGCGCAUCUUCCCGUAUCACAAUGAUCUCAUUUAUUGGCUCAGCCCUCAUGGUUUCCAAUUCGCGAAGGCCUGCCAGCUCGCGCACCGCCACACAGACAAGGUGAUCAGGGAGCGGAAGGAGUCUCUCAAGGACGAGCGAGAACGUGAGAAGGUCCAGAAGAAGAGGCACUUGGACUUUCUGGAUAUUCUUCUCCACGCCAAAGAUGAAAACGGAGCUGGAUUAUCUGAUGAAGACCUACGUGCCGAGGUGGACACGUUUAUGUUUGAGGGUCACGAUACCACGGCCAGUGGGAUCUCCUGGCUCUUGUACUGCAUGGCCCUGCACCCAGAGCACCAGCAGAGGUGCAGGGAAGAGAUCAAGGAGAUUCUGGGAGACCGGACUACUAUCCAGUGGGAUGACCUUGGCAAGAUGACUUACAGCACCAUGUGCAUUAAGGAGAGCCUUCGUCUUUACCCUCCGGUACCUGGAGUAUCCCGACAGCUCAGCAAACCCAUCACGUUCCACGAUGGACGUACUUUACCAGAAGGCUCUUUGGCUGCAGUAAGCAUCUAUCUCAUUCACAGAAACCCCAGCAUAUGGAAAGAUCCGCUGGUGUUUGAUCCGUGGAGAUUUUCUCCAGAGAACAUCUCUGACAGACAUUCUCAUGCCUUCCUGCCUUUUGCUGCUGGGUCAAGGAACUGCAUCGGGCAGCAGUUCGCCAUGAAUGAGCUGAAAGUGGCUCUCGCCCUGACUCUGCUCCGCUUCGAACUCUCACCGGAUCUGGCCAACCCCCCCAUCAAAAUACCUCAGCUCAUCUUACGCUCCAAGAACGGGAUUCACCUGCACUUGAAGAAAGUCCUCUGAUGCCGAUAUUGCACGGUGCUAAGUGCGGGAAAGGGACCAAGUAGAUAACAUGGUACCAUGUGAAUCAGAUCAAGGAGUUAGUUAGAAUAGACAAACUUUUGGGCCCAAAGAUCUUCAUCCCCCUUCUUCUGCCACCAUCAGCCAAAGUGCCCAAAUUGGCCUGAACCGAUGUGUCACAGGUAGUUGGUUCAAUAAAAGGCAUGGAUCUUAUUGCACAGUAGGAUUUUGUCUAGCAAGUGAUCCCCUUGGAACAUCUGCCCCUGCUCUGACCUUGCCUCUUCACAUCUCUUCACUGGCUCCCUCUCGUCUUUCGCACAGGGGUCCAGUCCAGCACCCAGUGAAGCCUUUCCCUUGACUGCAAUGGGCAUUGGAUCAGGCCCCAAAGUUCUAGCUUCUUUCUUGCAACUCUGACUGCUCCCUACUAUCCAUCUAGCCUAAAUUUCCCUCCUAGUUACCUUUUUGGGUCCUUCUUCCACUGUCCAUACCUUCCACAAUGCCUGCAUAUGAACCCCUCC